AGGACUAUGGGAUAAAUUGGCGGCCCCCCCUUUCCUCGUCCCCGCUCACAGCACUCAACGGGACAGAGACCUCUCACAGACGCGGACUUAAACAGAUUGACAAAAUGGUGAAGUUUGGAGUCAAUGGAUUUGGUCGCAUUGGUCGUCUGGUGACCCGCGUGGCACUGCUCACCGGCAAGGCUGAGAUUGUGGCCAUCAAUGACCCUUUCAUCGAUGUCGAGUACAUGGCUUACAUGUUCAAGUAUGACUCCACCCACGGCCGUUUCCACGGUGAUGUGAAGAUUGAAGGAGGCAAGCUUGUCAUCAAUGGACAUGCCAUCACUGUUUUCUGCGAGAGGGACCCAGCCAACAUUAAGUGGGGCGAUGCCGGUGCUGACUACGUUGUGGAGUCCACUGGCGUGUUCACCACCAUCGAGAAGGCCUCGGCCCAUUUGAAUGGUGGUGCCAAGAGGGUUAUCAUCUCUGCCCCCAGUGCCGAUGCCCCCAUGUUUGUCAUGGGUGUCAACCACGACAAGUAUGACAACUCCAUGAAGGUUGUCAGCAAUGCCUCCUGCACAACUAACUGCCUGGCACCCGUUGCUAAGGUCCUGCAUGACAACUUCGGCAUCAUUGAGGGGCUCAUGAGCACCGUGCAUGCUGUCACCGCCACCCAGAAGACCGUGGACUCUCCCUCAGGCAAGCUGUGGAGAGAUGGCCGUGGUGCCAGCCAGAACAUCAUUCCUGCUUCCACCGGCGCUGCCAAGGCCGUGGGCAAGGUCAUUCCUGAGCUUAAUGGAAAGCUUACCGGCAUGGCCUUCCGCGUCCCCACCCCUAAUGUGUCUGUUGUUGACCUGACAGUUCGUCUGGAGAAGCCUGCCAAAUAUGAUGACAUCAAGAAGGUUGUCAAGGCAGCCGCUGAGGGCCCAAUGAAGGGAAUUCUGGGAUACACAGAGGACCAGGUUGUGUCCACAGACUUCAACAGCGACCCACACUCCUCCUACUUCGACGCUGGUGCAGGUAUCGCCAUCUCUGACCACUUUGUCAAGGUGGUGUCAUGGUACGACAAUGAGUACGGCUACAGCAACCGUGUUGUCGACCUGAUGGUACACAUGAAGACCAAGGAGUAAAGUCUUCUUGCGUGAUGCGUUUCCUGCACACAAUCUGCUACCUGCUCACGUGAUAACUUUUCCCUGUAAUCCUGUUCCUCCUCACUGUUUUCACUUACGGUGACUUGGCGGUGGGGAGUUCCACUUACAAUCACUUUUUUUUAAUAAAACAACAAUUAAACAACAA